AUGACGAGAUAUAUUAUAACACUAAAAAAACUAGUCGCAGAUGGGUUAUACAAAGAAGCUCUUCACCUAUAUUCUCAGCUCCACUCUUCCUCCCACUCUGCUCACUCCUUCACCUUCACAUUCCCCUCUCUCCUUAAAGCAUGUGCCAAGCUUCGUUCCCCUUCCCAGGGCCAAAUCCUGCAUGCCCUUCUCCUCAAAACCGGUUUCCAAUCCGACCCUUAUGCUUCCACAGCCCUCACAUCAAUGUACGCUAUGAACCGUCGCUAUUUCCACGAUGCCCUCAAGGUGUUCGACGAUAUGCCUCAACCAAACGUCGCUUCGUUCAACGCCGCGCUUUCAGGGUUCUCGCGAAACGGGCGUUGCGGAGAAGCUCUUGGGGUGUUCAGGCGAAUUGGGUUGGGGACUUUGAGGCCCAACUCGGUCACCAUUGCGUGUUUACUCUCUGCUUGUGAUGUGUAUACUAACCACGUUGCGCAGACGCAUUGCUGCGCGUUUAAGUUGGGGGUUGAAUCGGAUGUAUAUGUUGCCACCUCGCUUAUCACUGCGUAUUCAAAUUGUGGAGAGAUGGUUUCGGCAACUAAGGUGUUUGAAAAUUUGCUUGUAAAGAAUGUGGUGAGUUACAAUGCUUUCAUGUCAGGGUUAUUGCAGAAUGGAGUUCCUCGUCUGGCUUUGGAUGUGUUUAAGGACAUGAUGAGGCAGAAAGAAUGUUUGGAGCACCAACCCAAUUCGGUGACGUUGGUGUGUGUUCUUUCUGCAUGUGCUAGUCUCUCGUGUAUUCGGUUUGGUAGGCAAGUUCAUGGGCUUAUUGUGAAACAUGAAGCAGGUGAUGAUGUUAUGGUGUUGACUGCACUUGUGGACAUGUAUUCCAAGUGUGGCUGUUGGCAUUCUGCUUUUGAUGUCUUCACGGCGGUGGAAGGGGACAGGAGGAACUUGAUCACCUGGAACUCCAUGAUUUCGGGAAUGAUGUUGAAUGCACAGUGUGAGAGAGCUGUUGAUAUGUUUCAAACGCUGGACUCUGAAGGACUGCAACCUGAUUCAGCUACUUGGAACUCCAUGAUCAGUGGGUUUGCACAACAAGGGGUGUGUGUGGAAGCUUUUAAGUACUUCAGGAAAAUGCAGUCUGCUGGUGUGACUCCGUGUUUGAAAACUCUCACUAGUCUUUUGUCAGCGUGUGCAGAUUCAUGUGUAUUACGGCAUGGAAAAGAGAUACAUGGGUAUACUAUAAGAACUGAUAUUAAUAGGGAUGAUUUUUUGGCAACUGCUCUGGUUGACAUGUACAUGAAAUGUGGGCAUGCUUCUUGGGCACGAGGAGUUUUUGAUCAGUUUGUUACAAAACCGGAUGAUCCGGCAUUUUGGAAUGCAAUGAUAGGGGGGUAUGGAAGAAAUGGAGACUACGAGUCUGCCUUUGAAAUCUUUGGUGAAAUGCUGGCAGAAAUGGUUCAACCAAACAGUGCUACAUUUGUUACUGUCCUAUCUGCUUGCAGCCACACCGGUCAGGUUGACAGAGGAUUACAUGUUUUCAGAAUGAUGAGAAGAGAGUAUGGCGUGCAGCCAAAGCCUGAGCAUUUUGGGUGCAUGGUUGAUCUUUUAGGACGAUCUGGUCGGUUGGGUGAAGCUCGAGACCUGGUGCAAGAACUAUUAGAGCCUCCUGCAUCUGUUUUUGCUUCUUUGCUUGGUGCAUGUAGGUGCUACCUUGAUUCCAAUCUUGGGGAAGAAAUGGUCAUGAAGCUCCUAGAUAUAGAUCCAGAAAACCCAGCUCCUCUAGUGAUCUUGUCUAACAUAUAUGCUGGGCUGGGAAAAUGGAGGGAAGUAGAAAGGAUAAGAGGGAUGAUCACAGAUAAAGGAUUGGACAAACUCUCAGGCUUUAGCAUGAUAGAAGUUGCAUGA